AUGCUUGUCUUGAUCGCUGGUAUCACCGGGUUCGUCGGUAUCCCGUGUGCCAGGUCCGCAUUUGCACGAGGUCUCAAAGUUCGGGGCCUAGCUCGCAACAUAAACAAUCUCCCGGAGGAUGUUGGGAAGCGGCUCGAAGGCUUCGAGACGUUGUCGAGCCCCUAUGACAUCGCUGCAAUGGACCGGGCCACAAAAGGUGUUGAUGCCAUUAUCUGUACCUUUGCUGGCAUCCCUGAGAUGUUCAUGGAAUCGCAAUUGUUGCUCAUUCGGGCAGCAGAGCGAGCUGGAGUGAAGAUCUUCCACGCUACCUCAUGGAACUACGACUGGACACUUGCUCCUGGUUCACACGAGCUUUACGACGACAUGCGGGGCUUCGCCCACCACGUGGCGCUCAGCUCGACCAUCAAGCCAAUUUACAUGUUCACCGGCGCGAUCGUGGAGUACUACUUUAAGCGAAGCCGAUAUGAUUGGAACCCGGACACCAAGACAUUCAGCUUCCACGGGCCUUCGACAUUCCCCACCCGAUAUACCACCACAGAAGACAUCGGCAACUAUGUGCUUGAGGCGAUAACUGCCCCGGAUGCUGCUGAUGGGGGCUUUGUUCGUGUUCAGAGCUUCGAAGCCUCCCCGGAGGACAUCGUCAAAGCAUACAAUGCUGCGAGAGAAGGCCGCACCACUGCUAAGCUUAACUGCCUAGGGUCAUUGCAGGACGCAGAGGAUAAAUUGACUGAGGGAAGAGCUAGAAAUGGGAAGGGUGGUUGGUAUAACUUCAUUCGCUCAUCCCUGGUCAAUUACACUACUGUCACCCGCGACAUCGACGCGCCAAUCGGCCAAGUUUGGGGCCUCGUGGCAGACUUCGGCGCUGAAAAAGCAUGGUAUCCAGGUGCCAAGUCUGUAUCUCUUGAAGGGUUCGGACUAGGCAGCGUCCGCACCUUCAACUAUGUCUAUCCGGCCGGAAAGAAUAAGGGCCAGGAAUAUAUCUUCUCCGAGGAGCUUACAGAGCCCGAUUACCCUGACAUGGUCGCCUUUGGAACAACUGUCUUAGACUCACUCGGACCUAACAAGACCCGUUUCCGCUGGAUUGCGGAGGGUUCGCCCUUGCCUGAUGAGUUCAUGGCAGUUUUGCGAGAGGAUCUCAAUGAACGGUUCGAUGGGCUUAUUGUUGCUAUUGUCAAUCAGCUAGUCUAG